ACACAAGAGAAGGCCGACCCUACUGAUUUCCUUGAGAAUUGAGUUCCACACGUAAACCUUGUACCCCCAUCAGCACUAGCAGUGGCUUUGUUUUUGACAAGAAAGUGAAACUUUCUCUGCAUUUUUGUUACCACCAGUGGCCUUGGGAAUCUUAAUCCUUAACUUCUUAUGGAUGGUCCUGCAUGGAAUGAAGUACAAGGUUGCAGUUACAGAUUAAACUAGCCUAGAAGAAACAAUUGGAGUUGAGCACAAAGAGUAUGGGGUUAGUGGAGUGGGGACGUGCGUGCAGGGGAAACAAUUUAAACAUGCCAUCUACAAAAAAAAUUAAAAAAAAAAAAGUGAUUAUUUAAUCAAUAAUAUUUGAAAGCAUGCUAUAUACUCCCUCCCAUUAUAAUUGUAAGUUUUAGAUUAUUUUACACACAUAAAAAAACUAAUAAAUGAAUAAAAGAGAUUAAUAGUUUUAUAAAAUUAAUGUUAUGAUCAUUAAUUUAUUUUUAAUUAUGUGAAACCCUAAUGUAUGGACGGGGCCCAUAUAGAUUCUACAGAGUGAGCCCGAUUGCAUAAACCCACACCGUGCGUGCGUCCCAGUGAGGAGUGUUUGGUUAAACCCUUGCAUUGCAGUUGUUGCCGGAAAUGAAUUCUAUGGCGGUGAGACUUGCGAAGCAUCUCCGACUCUCUGCACUGACCUCAUUUUCACUCGGUGGUGUGCCGAGAAGCGGAGCUUCAUGGUACUCGACCUCCCUAUCUGGAGGUGAAAAUGAUCACCCUUUACCUGAUAAUGAUGCACCUAAGAAGGAAGCAUUGGAUGAAGAGUUUGAUGAUUUUCUUGGCGAAAAGCCUGAGUUACAGCUGCAAGGUGUGGAUCCCAAGAAGGGUUGGGGAUUUCGUGGCGUGCACAAGGCAAUUAUUUGUGGAAAAGUUGGCCAAGCCCCUGUUCAAAAGAUACUGAGGAAUGGUAGAAAUAUAACCAUCUUUACAGUUGGGACAGGGGGCAUGUUUGACCAGAGAAUUCAAGGACCAAAGGAUUUGCCAAAACCUGCUCAAUGGCAUAGGAUUGCUGUGCAUAAUGAUAUACUAGGGACCUAUGCCGUACAGCAACUCUUUAAAAACUCUUCAGUUUAUGUUGAGGGUGACAUUGAGACUAGAGUUUAUAAUGAUAGCAUCAACGGUAACGUUAAAAGCAUUCCAGAGAUAUGUGUUCGCCGUGAUGGGAGAAUUCGCCUCAUCAAGAAUGGGGAGAGCAUUGAUAAAACUUCCUUGGAUGAAUUGCGAGAAGGGUUGUUUUAGGGAAAGUUGACCAUCUAACGGAAGCAUAUACUUCUGAAAGAAACUUCGCCUUGUUGCUGCAGCAUUUGUAAUGAAUACUUUGGUCCUCGAUUUUAUUGUUUCAUGCAUAUUAUUUAGCAUUCUGAUUUCAGUUUCCCAUGGUUAAUUUUAUGGAAGAGAGGCAGAAGAACAAAUUUGUCUUGUCGAUUACUUGUUCUGUAGUUCUAAAUUUAUCAUAUCUUUCUUCUUAAAGUGUUGCUUAUGUAUGAAAGCAUUUCCCUCUUAA